AUGGGAAACCUCAAGCAAGAUCUGUCUCACGAGACACCAUGUCACCCGCGUGCUUGCGCCAUUCAAGACUGCUUGACCAAGAACGGUUACAAGGAGGAGAAUUGCCAGGCCCAGAUUGACGCCCUCUACGAGUGCUGUAAGGCCUUCUACGAGGAGCGAGGAGAGAAUGCUUCUGUCGUCAGCUGCCCCAAAGCGAGCCUGCUGCGAUUGAAGAUGAAGCAGCGGGCAGAGGCAGCGGAGAAGCAAGGUUGA